UUCCUCCGCGCUGGUCACGUGACACCGGGGCAGGCGCAGCCCCGUAGCCGCGUCUCCGUCGCUCCUGCUCGGCCACAGACCCUCCGCCGGUCCCGCUCCUCUCCUCCUCCUCCGCACCUCCGCACCUCCGCGCACCGCCCGGGCCAUGGCGCAGGACCACAGCGGCUUCCAGGAGCUCGAGGACGGGGACGAGCUGUUCCCGGAGACGCCGGAGGAGCAGAACACAAACGGACCCCGACAGAGCUCCAUGUUUGAGGACGACCCCGACGACCUGUUCGCCGCGACAGAGGAGGUUUCUCUGGACAGUCCGGAGAGAGAUGUUCUUCUGUCUGAUGGUCCGUCUCCGGCUCUGACUCCUCUGUCCCCCCCGAGCUCCGUCCUGCCCCCGAGACUCGCCCCCGACAUGUUCACCCACUCCUCCUUCGACGAGAUCGAGGAGGAGGAGGCUGGAGAUUCUCUGGACAUCCUCAUCUCGGUGUCAGACCCAGAGAAAGUCGGCGACGGGAUGAAUGCGUUCAUGGCGUACAAGGUCACCACGAAGACGUCUCUGUCUCUGUUCAAACUGAGGGACUUCUCGGUCAAACGGCGCUUCAGUGAUUUCCUCGGGCUCCACAGUAAACUGGCCUCGAAAUAUCUGCACAUCGGCUACAUCGUGCCGCCCGCGCCGGAGAAGAGCAUCGUGGGAAUGACCAAAGUGAAAGUGGGAAAAGAAGAUCAGUCGUCCAACGAUUUUGUGGAGAAAAGACGCUGCGCUUUAGAGAGGUAUCUGAUGAGGACGGUGAAACAUCCGGUUCUGCUCAAAGACCCAGACCUCCUGCAGUUCCUCGAGAGCCCAGAGUUGGCUCGUGCCGUGAGCACUCAGGCUCUGAGUGGAGCUGGACUCAUGAGGAUGGUGAAUAAAGCUGCAGACGCCGUCAACAAGAUGACCAUCAAAAUGAACGAGUCUGAUACUUGGUUUGAGGAGAAGCAGCAGCACUUUGAGAAUCUGGACCUGCAGCUCCGGAAACUCCACGGGAGCAUCGAGUCUCUGGUCUGUCACAGGAAAGAGUUGUCGUUGAACACGUGUCAGUUCUCGCGCUCGGCGGCCAUGCUGGGGAACAGUGAGGACCACACGGCGUUGUCGCGGGCGCUGUCGCAGCUCGCUGAGGUCCAGGAGAAGAUGGAGACGCUCCACAACGAACAGGCCAACAGAGACUCCUGCCUCCUGUCAGAGCUCAUAGGAGAUUAUGUACGACUACUGACCGCUAUUUCAGCAGUGUUUCCUCAAGGUGUUUGAAGGACCGGAGGUGAACAGCAGGACACUCAGAUGCUUCUUCAGAAGAAACGUGAAGCUGAGGCCAAACUUCAGUUCACAAACAAACCGGACAAACUGCAGCAGGCCAAGGACGAGAUCCACCACCCUCCAACCUCACCCUCACAUUGACUCAAGGAGUUGGAGCUGAAAGUGUCUCAGGGCGAGAGAGACUUCGAGCAGAUUUCAAAAACCAUCAGGAAAGAAGUGUCACGUUUUGAGAAGGAGAGAGUGAAGGAUUUUAAAGAAACCAUCGUCAAAUAUUUGGAGACUCUGCUGCACUCACAACAACAGAUGAUCAAAUACUGGGAGGCGUUUUUACCUGAAGCCAAGGCCAUCUCAUAGACUACACUACCCACCAUGCACCUGGCCUCCCUCCUGCUGCUGCGGCGGCGGCAGCGAAGAAGAAGAAGAAGAAGAA